AUGUCAAACUUCGGCGCAACAUUCGUUCCUGGAGGGUUCGACGACUACUAUAUGCCGGAGGUCGUUGCACCUUCGCCUCAGCGUGUAACGCCUCAGGUCCCCCAGAACAUGCAAAACGACCUCCAACGCAUGGAACUUGAAGCCCGCGAAGUCGAUCCGAACCGCAGAGACCCCAAUAUUGUCAACCGACACGGCCGCGAGCCGUCCCUGUCCUCCGUCCUCAAGCCCACCGACCCUGGUGCGCCUGCUCUACCACCGAAAGGGUACACCAACCAGUCCGGUGCAGCACCCUCGUCCGACAGCUACAAGCCCUUCCACGAGGACAGUGCAAGCGGCAACCCCCAUACCAUGCGGCCCAGCGCAGCACCUUCCUUUUCUCCUUUCCCCAAGGUGAAGGGCGACAACAUACCCCCCACCGAUGAGGAGAAGGAGGAGAUUCUGUGGAACGCCCGUGAGCAUGUCCUGCACUCCAACAACGUGUCUAUGCAGCUUUCCUGGGCUCGCGACACCUUAGCCUGGACCGAGAUAGUCUCAGAAGCGAGGUCUAGAGACCCUGAGAGCGGUCGCCAGACACCAAAAGUUGAGCACGAGCUGCGAACCGAUGCAAUCAACAUCGUGGAGUACCUGGUGGGCCAAGAACACCCCGAGGCGCUCUUUAUGAGAGCAAAGUGGCUCGAGUUUGGCAAGUUUGGCUGCCGUCCCGACAAGAGAGAUGCAUACGCAAAGUACACGCGCGCCGCAGAGCUCGGCUAUGCCCGUGCCGAAUACCGCCUGGGCAUGUUGUUCGAGAACUCAAACGACUACAGCAAGGCAGUAGAGCACUACUACCUUGGGCUGCGGCUCAAGGACUCGGCGGCUAUGUACCGUUUGGGUAUGAUGAGUUUGCUCGGCCAGCAUAACCAUCCGAAGGACUAUCAGCGCGGCUUGGACCUUAUUAGGGAAGCCGCAGACCUAUCGGACGAGGAUGCGCCACAAGGCUCCUAUGUCUACGGCAUGCUCCUCGCGAAGGACUUGCCCGAUAUCGAAGUCCCCGACGCAUUGCUCCCCGCCGAUCUGCCGCUCGCCAAGAUGUACAUCGAGAAGGCGGCAUACCUCGGGUUUGCCAAGGCCCAGCUGAAGAUGGGCCAGGCUUACGAGCUCUGCCAGUUGAGUUGCGACUUCAACCCCGCAUAUUCUCUUCACUACUAUGGCCUUGCGGCUCAGCAAGGUCAGCCAGAGGCUGCGCUUGGUGUUAGUCGUUGGUUCUUGUUCGGCUAUGAGGGUAUCUUCAACAAGAACGAGCAGCUCGCAUUUAAGUAUGCUCAGGACGCUGCCAACGCCAAGCUGCCCACAGGCGAGUUCGCCAUGGGAUACUACUACGAAAUCGGUGUUCAUGUGCCUAAAGAUCUCCGUCAGGCAAGAUUCUGGUACGAAGCCGCAGCGGACCACGGCAACAAGGACGCCGUUGGUAGACUCGAUGCUCUAGAUCAUUCCAAGAGUUUGACCAAGAGCGAUCACGAAACGACAACACUUACAAGAAUCAAAUCGCAGCAUGGGUCCCAACGCGGUAAACGACCCGACCGCUUCAAGCAGCCGCAGGCAAUGCCAACGGUCUCGGAGAGUGCUCCUGCUACCCCUACUGACGCCCACCCCGGAUAUCCGACGAACACUUCUGCUAAGACGUCACCCCACCCCUCUCCGAGAGUUCAGCCAACUAUUGCUCAAGACAACGUUGAUUUCCCUGAUCCCUCAAGGCCAAGCAGCAUGGGCAACAGACCGAAUGCAUUCAACGUCAACCUCGAUGCCAACUUGGCAAUUCGACCCAAGUCGGCGGCACCCUACCCCGAAGAUGACCGGCCAGCACCGCUCAAUCUUAGCCGGCCAAAGUCAACAGCCCCAUACCCCGAAGACGAUCGGCCAGGCCGCGGACCCGGAGCUGGACCACAGCUCUCUCCUCAUUACAACACUGGCGGCCGUCCUCCUGCCGGCCCGCACUCUGACCGCCCAGGCAGCGCUUUCGGUAUCCGUACUGGACCAGGUGGCCCGCCUCAGGGAAUCGCUGGCAACGUGCGUCCUUCGCAGCCGAUGGGGAACAUGAUUCCUCCUGCUGGAUCUGAUCCUCGGGGUCGUCCCAUGACUGGUGGAUGGGACCAAUCUGCAUACAGGCAACCAAGCCCGGGUCCCGGAGCUCGGCCCGCCACCACACAGCCAUACCCCGUUUCUCCCGGACUUCCUGCCAACCCGGCUGCGAACAAGCUUACCAAGCAGAACCCUCAAUACGCCAAGCCACACCCAUCGCCCCCAUUCCAGCAAGGAAGUUAUGGACCAAGCGAUUACGGUCAGCCCGCACAACCAUCACAACCUGGCCGAGACUACGGCCCAAGAACAUCGUCAAUCCCCCCUGCGGAGCAAUACGGCUAUGGCAGACAGCCCGGCGGACCACCAGGCCCUGCUCCGCGUGUUGACUCAUUGCCGCUCAGUCCCUCUGGCAACCCCCGUCCCCAGCCUGGACCGGGUGGAGCUCCCAGACCCUACGCCAACCGGCCAGACCUUGCUGAACAAGGCCAGCCCGGCCGCGUAGGCAGUGCGCCGCCCUCGUCACAACCGCGACCCCAGCAGAAGCCUAGCCCGGCACCUAGCGCCGCAACCAUGCCUCCUCCAAAGAAACAGACGACAGGCCAGGGACCUGCGACCUUUGAGGCGAUGGGCAUUCCCAAGGGCAAGGAUGAAUCGGACUGCAUUGUGAUGUAA